ACUGGUGUUCGGGCUUCUUUAUUUUCGAGACAGUUACGUUAGAAUAAAUAUAAAUCAGUCACGUUAUAUUUACAUUUGUGUCUACGCUCCCCUGUUUUUGUUGCAUUUAUAUCUGCCACCUUGCUGAAUAACUGUCAUUUUGAAGCUGAUCAAGUUAUGGGGUUUUGUAGUGGUGAUGUGGUGAAGUUGAGUUGGGUGGUUUUGGUUAUUUUGGUUGGGUGUGUGAGGGAGAUGGAGGGGUGGGGGUAUAAGAUAAGUUGGGAGGAUGUGGAGUUGGAUGAGUAUGAUUAUGAGAUGGUGAGGAGGAGGGUGGGGGAGAGAGAUGUGAGAGAGGGGGAUUUUGUGGCGUUGGAGAGGGAGAGUGGGAGGAAUCGGUUUAUUGUGGUGGAUGGGAAUGGGAGAGGUGAUUCGGCGACUGUGCAAGGGGCGGUUGAUAUGAUUCCGGAUUAUAAUUCGAGGAGAGUUAAGAUUUAUGUGCUUCCUGGGAUUUAUAGGGAAAAGGUAAUAAUUCCAGCAUCGAAGCCGUAUAUUUCCCUGAUUGGAAAUCAGAAUGCAGCAAAUCAAACAGUCAUAACCUGGGGCGACAAAGCUUCUGAUAUAGCCAAGGAUGGCACUGUUCUUGGCACCUACAGAUCAGCUUCUGUCACUGUCCUGUCCGAUUACUUCUGCGCGGCUGGGAUCACUUUCCAGAACUCAGUAAACGCUGCUGUAGGUAGUACCGGAAUGCAAGCAGUUGCAUUGAGGAUUGCUGGUGAUAAGGCCGUGUUUUACGGAGUUAGAAUCGUGGGUACGCAGGACACACUCUUAGAUGACACUGGAUCUCAUUAUUUUUACCAGAGUUACAUUGAAGGAACCGUGGAUUUCAUAUUUGGUAGAGCAAGAUCGCUUUACAAGGACUGCAUUGUGCAUUCUGCAACAAAAACUUACGGAGCAAUUGCAGCACAUCACCGAGAUUCGCCAUACGAUGACACGGGGUUCUCUUUUAUAAACUGUACCAUAAAUGGAAGCGGCAAGGUGCUUCUGGGAAGAGCCUGGGGAAACUACUCCAGGAUCAUUUAUUCGUACUGUAACAUCGAUGAUAUCAUAAGUCCACCAGGUUGGAGUGACUGGGGAUAUCCAUCAAGAGACAAGACUGCUGUGUUCGGGGAAUACGAGUGCAAGGGAAAAGGAGCAGAUAGAAAGUACCGAGUGCCAUGGUCUAAAUCUUUGAGUUAUUAUGAAGCAAAACCCUUUCUGGAUCUGGGGUUUAUAUCAGCAGAAAAAUGGCUAGGACUUUAAGUUAUAUUCUUGCAUUUUUUUUGUAGUUCCGGCACACAAGCACCACCAGAACCAGAAAAGCAGAUUUUUCCGAAGAGCAAUCAUCAGAACCAGAUGAAUUAAACAACAGGAUACCAAAUUAUGUCCAUUGUAUAUACCGACAGAAUAUACAUUCAGACUUGUAUAAAAGUUUAAACAGAAGUGCAAUACAAGUAGCUAAAGACUUUGUACUCUCAA